UAUAUAUAUAUAUAUAUAUAUAUCUCUCUCUCUCUGUGUCUCAGACGUGGUUGCCCUUCUCUGUGGUCUGCGUGAUUCCGGCGUUGGACUCUGUCCAGUUGCUUCUGCAGCGAGAACUCUCCCGGUGUUGUGGCGGCCAUCAAUCUGGCAAACUUCAGCUUCGCAAGGGAGGGUUCGGGGGAAACAUUGAGCGAAGCUUCUGGGGAGAAGCUGCUGCGAUUACAACUCUGGCCUACGCUGUAGUGGUGUCUUCUGGAGCCAGAGCAGGGGUCGGUCCUUCGCGUUCUGGGCUUCAGUCCUACGUCGACUUUGCUCGCUUUCUGGUCUGGUGCCUCCCCAUUGAUUAUGGUUAACGUUUGAUUGGAUCUCGUCUCUGAUGUGAUCUCGACGAAAGAGCAUCCGAUUGAAAGAGUUCCGCAGAGGAAAGACGGCGGAGAUGUGACCACUGACCAUCGUUUGGAUAGAGGAAAGAGUUCGUCUAUCAUUCGGUUAAACUUUGAAGAGGAGGAUACACGACUUCACUAGCUUCCCUUUUUAGCUCGGUCGCGCCUUCAAGAUAUUGUUUGUAGUAGUGGGUGAUGGCUAAGUUCAACUGCUUUUCCAUGUUCGUGGGGAGGAAGAAGAAGGUUGAUGAGGAAACGACCCUCGGCAAGGACAAGGCAGUACAAGUGACCUUUGAACAUCCCGUGAAACCAUAUAAGGCUGAUGAGUUGAAAUCGACGACUUUCAGUGUGUCAGUUCCUUUCGGUAUCGACGAAAAAUCUAAAUACAAUGUUAAGAUCGUGAGUGAUGAGAGGCCUGUCGUGGUUGAUUCAGCUGAGGUAGCAUAUGAGGGGGAAGACGAGCACGAAGAGCACGUCUCCAUCAAGAGGGACUUCUCUGAUUCUGAUCUCCAAUCGCAUGAAGCAAAUAAUUUGGUCGGAGAAGAAUAUCAGUCAAGCAAGGGAAAGAUGAUAUCUGGUGAUCUUUUUGAUGCCGAUUUGGACACUCCAGAGAUUAAAUCUGAAAAUUUUGUGGAAAGAGAUAAUGACAUGAUUCAAGGUGGACAUGUUAGUGAUCCAGGGAUGACGAAGGUAGAGUUCUGGGGUUCGCCGAUGCUUAAGCGCUCUUGUUCUGGUCUAGAAACGAGGGAGGUGAUGAGAACGCUAGCAGAUCAAUUGCCUCCAUCCAAAUCUCAGUCAUUCGAAGAGCUGCAGGAUUUAUCGCGCGGCAUGAGGGAGGAUAUUAAUCCAGGUAGCCCAGUGUCGGUGAUGACACGCUUCAGUGCUGAUAAAGUGAUGUUGAAAAAGCAUUCGUCUAGCCAGGUUCUUCCUUCGAGAAGUAGGAGAUUGUGGUGGAAGUUGUUCCUCUGGAGCCACAGAAACAUGCAAAAGCCUCAGAAUACAAAACCAAAGCCAAUUCCUGCUUUGACCACUAUCAACCAGCAAGGAGGUUACUCUUCCGACACUAUUGAGCCUAACAGGGCAUUCAAGUUUGGCAAGAUGGAAUCACCAGGAUCAUUCACAGGGGAAUACAUAAACCAAGUUGAAUAUGAUGAUAAGAACGAGAAAAAGGGCUGGGAUGGUUUCAGAGGCUCUUCUGGCCUAUGGCCUCAGAACCAAUGGGUCGCCUUCCCUGCAGAAUCUUCAUCAUUCAAAAGAGUAGAUGACUGGGUGAAGGAUCUAUGCAUCGAUCCCUCCAUUGCGGUUGAUGAUGCUGAGAACAGUGAUAAGGCUAUCAUUUACCCGCCUUCGCCCGAGAGUAUCAGAUCUCCGACAAGGAGCGCCAUGCCAUUGCAUAAGCGUCAGGAUAUUAAUCUCUCUGAAGAGAUGCUGCACGCGAAUAGCGUCAUCCAGACUCUCAAUUCCUCCUCCACCGUGGCUCACAUAUCCGGAAUGGGGUUGAGAGUCAUUCCCACCAUGUCUCUUUUCUCCAGUCUCAAAUCCGUCAACUUAUCGGGCAACUGCAUAGUUCGCAUUCCCCCCGGUUCGCUGCCCAAGGGGCUUCAUGUACUCGACUUAUCGAGAAAUAAAAUCAAUGCCAUUGAAGGGCUUAGGGAACUGACCAGAUUGCAUAUACUUGACCUCAGCUACAACCGUAUCUCUCGAAUUGGACAUGGGCUCUCGAACUGUACGCUUGUCAAGGAGCUCUAUCUCGCCGGGAACAAGAUCAGCGAUGUCGAGGGUCUUCACAGGCUGUUGAAGUUAACGGUCUUGGACCUCAGUUUCAACAAAAUAACAACCACAAAAGCUCUCGGUCAGCUCGUGGCUAACUACAAUUCAUUGCAAGCUCUGAACCUCUUGGGAAAUCCAAUUCACAGCAACAUCAGCAAUGAUCAACUCCGCAAGGCGGUUUGUAGUCUCCUUCCGAAGCUUGUCUAUCUCAACAAGCAGCCCAUUAAGCAACAGAGGGCGCGAGAUGUACUCACUGAUAGCGUAGCAAAAGCUGCACUGGGGGGCAGUAGCCGGGGUUCAUAUAGGAAAGCGGCAAAGAGAUCGAGCCAGGGUGGAUCGCUCUCCUCCAGAGUCAACAAGAGCAGCGCCGGUGCCGGGCAUAAGAGCAAGAGCAAGUCAAAGAGCCAUUCUCGCCACCAUUCGGCUCUCAAAAAUGCAUGAUCUGCACUCGUUUCAACCUCACAUUGAUCAUUUCCCUCUCUGAGGUAGAUUGACUUUUGUUUCUGAAACUGAGCUUUCGAGGUCGCCAUG